UCUUCAUCACCGAUAACACCACCUCAACUUCCUUCUACUUAUAGAGAAUGCAUGACCUUACAACUUCAAAUGAUUAAACACCAUAUAAGAAAUGGCUAAAUCACGACGACAAUCAAGUUCCACGUAGGCUAGCCCUAUCCAGCUUUUCUGCUUUCGACUUUCUCCGCAUCUUUUCCACUUUCGACUUUCUCCGCAGUGACCAUGGCGGCCGCUUGCCAACUUCCGGUGACUACCUUUUCGUCUAACUACAAAUCGCACAUAUACUUUCACCGACUCGCCUUUCCUCAUUCUUCUUCCUGUCGCUUCUCCUCUCCAUGGAGCCUCCCUGACAUCGGUAAUCCCAUGAAGAGGGAAUACGCACCAGAGCUCGCCGAACGGGGAGCAUUGAAGUGGAGAACUAGGGUUUCCUUCCUACCUUCAUUUCCCAAGAAUAAGAGUCGGGAGGAUGUCAAGCAGGAGCUCUUGAAGGCUAUCGCUGAGCUCGAUCGCGGCGCCGAUGCCACUUCCGAGGAUCAGGAGCGCGUCGAACAGAUAGCCCGUCAGCUCGAGGAAGUUAAUCCAAUUGGGGCACCACUUAAAUCAGAUUUGCUCAAUGGAAAAUGGGAACUUUUAUACACAACAUCGAGAUCCAUUCUUCAAUCCCAGAGACCCAAAAUUUUACGUCCAUUUGGUAAGAUCUAUCAAGCCAUCAAUGCUGAUACAUUAAGGGCUCAAAAUAUUGAAACUUGGCCUUACUUCAAUCAGGUCACUGCUAACUUAGUACCUCUCAAUGCAAGAAAGGUUGCUGUUAAAUUUGACAGAUUUAAAAUUGGUGGAUUGAUACCUGUAACGGCGCCCGGAAGAGAGUUGGAAAUUACAUACCUAGAUGAAGAGAUAAGGAUUUCUAGGGGUGACAAGGGAAAUUUGUUCAUUUUGAAGAUGGUGGAUCGAGCUUAUCGAAUCCCUAGUUGAUGAUAUUUCAUGGAAAAUUUUGGAUUUUUCUAUAUUUAUUUAUUAGCUCCUAAACAUGUAAAUUAAAUUAACAACUUAAUGUAUGUGUGAUACAAUUGAAUAUAUCAGAAUUCAGCAAGUAAAAUUUAGUCAUAUUACUUUAAAAAGUUA